UCUGUAAUGCCGCCAGUUCUGUAAUGCCGCCAGUCCGCAUGGCUCUUGCGUGUAGGACGUUCACCACGUACUAAGGAAUUCCCUCUCGUUCCUUCCUCGUGAUGCUAGCAGGCAAGCUCCCCAAAUGUUCCGACAAGCGUCCUAAACUACACACCUAGUUGUCACGGCGUAUUUCCGAGCAGUCUGUUGAAAGCAAGGCAGACCGAAUAGGAGUUUUCUUGCGGGAGUUACCACAACGCCGGCGUCCCUGAACGGAAAGCCGUUAUAGGCGCUUCCCUAAGUUGAGGUCGAUAGAGGGGAAGGUUACUGCGACAUGUCAUUGCGAGGCGCAAGGCCGGCAAGAUUGAAUGCGUUUUGAUAGCGGCAGGAAGCGAUGUCGCAUAACAAGCAGCAUGGUAUAGCCGGGCCUCAGCGCGGUUGAGCGAGAACGUGGCACGUUGUGUAAAGGCGGAGGCGUCAUAGUAUAGGAAGGAACGCAGUACACUAUAGCGGGGACGCAGCGGCCUCUCCUCCCCAGAUCCCGGCGGCGGAAAGCGCAUGGAUUCGCGGACUGGCGGAGAUCCGCGGAACACAGGCGAGGCGGCAACGCUGUGGGGGAAACUGGAAGAGACAUGCAGGUAUUACACCGGGCUCCCCAAGCCUCGGGUGGAGGCUCGGGUGGUGGACUUCCAAUCCGAGAGGCAGUUCGUGUCGCUGCUGCACCAGGGCAAGCCAGUGGCCGUGGCUUUUACCUUCUCCUGUGCACACACGCGCCAUUUUGACGAGAUGUUUCGACAGGCAUCGGCUGACCUCCACCCACACGUCAACUUCAUCCGAGUGGAUUGCCCCAAGCACCUCGGCUUCUGCAUUGCUCGCCAGCGCAAGGACUAUCCCUUCAUAGAGAUCUUUUACAACUCGAAGGAAGCGCAGCGGGACCCGAUCCCUUCUGUGGGAGGAGCUACAGGAGCAGCGGGAUUGGUUCGCUACAGUGUCAUGGUUCUGCCGUACAACUAUGAUAUCAGCACUUACGGGUUCAGAGAGUUUUUCAAAAAGCAUCAGUUGUUUCCUGUAGCAGCUCCCUGAAACAUGCUUAAACCACCAACAAUUCUACUCAUUGACUCACGAUUCAUCGGUUAUGCCCUUGUUAAAUUAUAUAUGGAGUUAUAUAAUUGUUAGGCUUGGUAGGUUACCGAACUUUACUGUAGAGGGUACAAUCCCCUCUUUGUAUGCUUCUCUCUUUCUAUUCCAACC